CGGCAUCUAAAAAACCCAAUAGGGGGCUGUCAUUGGAGCGGAAGUAGUCGAGGGUUAGGGUUUUUCGUCCCGCCGAUACGCUGUAACAGGUUCAUAUCUUUAACUGAAUCAUGGUGGAGACUGGGAAACGAUCGCGCCAGCAGAGGGAUGAUGACAAUGAUGGGAAACAGUGGAACAAGCGACCAGGUAACAUGGAGCGAUCUGGUGAUGGUGAAUUGGUUGUCUAUCGCAUACUUUGUCCUGCUGGUGUUAUUGGGAGUGUCAUUGGUAAGAGUGGUAAAGUCAUAAAUUCCAUAAGACAAGAGACAUAUGCUAAAAUUAAGGUUGUCGAUCCUUUUCCUGGUGCGGACAUGAGGGUUAUUACCAUAUAUUGCUAUGUUAAAGACAAGGAUCCUAUGGAUGCUGAUGAGGACAGCAUGGAACCUCUUUGCCCUGCUCAGGAUGCUCUGCUUAAGGUGCAUGAUGCAAUUGUCAAUGCCCUGGCUAAUGCUAGUGAUUCUGAUAAGAGGAACAAGGAGGAAGCCCAGAUACUUGUGCCCGCUAGUCAAGCUGCAAAUAUAAUUGGCAAAUCUGGGGCCACCAUAAAGAGAUUGAGAUCAAAGACCAGGGCAAACAUAAAAGUAAACCCAAAGGAUGCCAACAAUGCUACUCAUUCCUGUGCAAUGAGCUAUGAUAACUUUGUUCAGAUAACCGGUGAUGCUGAAGCAGUUAAGAAAGCAUUAUUUGCGGUUUCUUGUAUUAUGUACAAGUUUUCACCAAAAGAAGAGAUCUCCCUUGAUACUUCUGUUCCAGAGCUUCCACCAAUUAUCAUUCCUUCAGAUGUUACUGUCUAUUCAGCUGGUAGCUUCUUCCCUGCUGCAAAUGCUAUUGUUUCCCCUUCUCGAUCUGUGCCAUCAGUCAUAGGCGCAACACCGCAUGUACCAGAGCUUCAUGGAUAUACUGAUACAACUAGUGCAUGGCCAGUUUAUCCAUCUGCUCUUCCUGUUGUUUCUGGAUAUGGUGGUCCAUCACGCUCAGAGGAUUUAGUAGUACGAGUCUUGUGUCCAUCUGACAAGAUUGGACGUGUUAUUGGUAAGGGAGGGAGUACCAUAAAGAGUAUAAGGCAAAACAGUGGUGCUCGCAUUGAUGUUGAUGAUACGAAGGACGAGACUGAAGAAUGUCUUAUUACUGUCACAUCUACAGAGUCCACAGAUGAUAUUAGAUCUGCUGCAAUUGAAGCUAUUUUGCUGCUUCAAGGAAAGAUCAAUGAUGAGGAUGCUGAGAAAGUGAAUAUCCGUCUUCUUGUUCCCUCAAAGGUGAUUGGCUGUCUCAUUGGCAAGAGUGGCUCGAUUAUAAGCGACAUGCGCAAAAAGACAAAGGCUGAAAUUCGGAUCUCAAAAGGUGAAAAGCCUAAACGUGCUGCUUCCAAUGAUGAGCUUGUGCAGGUGACUGGAGAGGUAGGUAAUUUGCGUGAUGCGCUUGUUCAGAUUAUUUUGAGGCUUAGGGAAGAUGCUUUGAGAGAUAGGAAUGGCAGCCAGAAUGCUCAUAAGGAUGGUAGUCAGAGCGCUCCUCCAGUUGAUCCUCUUUACACGAGUAGUCUGUCUGUCCCUCCAGUAUUACCUAGCAUUCCAUCAGUUGCACCUUUGAGCUAUGACCAGAGAGUAGAAACUGAAAGGGGUUUUGGAGUAUUUCCUGGAAGCAGUUUAUAUGGAUACAGCUCUCUGCAGGCUGGGGAGAAUGGCUAUGGUUCCCUUUCCCAGUAUUCAUCAAAGUCAUAUGGAGGAUUGCCCCCAUAUAUUGAGAUGGUGAUUCCUGCAAAUGCUUUAGCUAAAGUUAUGGGAAAAGGUGGCACAAACAGAAAUAUAAGAAAGAUAUCUGGAGCUCAUAUUGAAAUUGUUGAUUCAAAAUCAUCCCGUUAUGAGCGAAUUGCUCAGAUAUCUGGAACCCCUGAACAGAAGCGUGCUGCAGAGAACCUAAUUCAGGCUUUUAUGAUGUCAACUUAAGGUGAUGGAUAUGCUUUCAAGCUUUAAUAGGCGAUGUUUCGUUCUGUUGUUGCGGUGCACUUCCUUUUGGUUUUCCAUAGUUCCCUUAGGUUUCUAUUCCGGAAAGGAAAUGCAUAUCUCCUAAAAUCCUUCUGGUGUUUUCUGCCUCCUCAGAAUCAAUUCAUGUUCCCGAAGAAUCUGCUGCUAUGUUGUUGAGGAAAAUGUUCUCUAUGUCAGUGAAACUGUCUUAUCUGAUUACCCAAGAAAUCUUAGGUCCUUGUUUUCCUCUUUGAUGUUAUUUCUUGUGCAUCUUUGAUGUUAUUCCUUAACAGUACCUACCCAUAUAUCCUGGUUUUAGCAACUCUUGAACGAAUGAUUCACUGCUCGAUAUAUUGAUGUUUAAUUAUCCUGUCUUGACCAUCACUUCCUCAGCUGCAUGGAUAGGAUCUAUCCUUAAACGGGGUGGACUCUGACUGCUGAACUGAGUUGUGUAUGUGAUCGUUAUUGAAGCUAAAAAUUGUGUAUGGAAAUGAAAUCAUCGAGCCCUAGAACUCCAUUCUUCUUUCCUCAUGCUUGUAUAUAUUGAAGUUUGAUUUUGUUCUCAGGCCUUGAUCUGAGUCAAUGACUGCAUGUUGUGUAGUGCUUGUACUUUUUGUUUCUUCCGUUGAAUUGUAUCAUGAGUUUAUUUGCUCCCAAGUUUCUCUUACGACGUGUUUCGAUUUUAACUCUGUUUGCUGUUGAUUUUCCUGGACAUCCAUAUUCCUGCGUCGUGUAUGUUUAUGUUUCCCUUGUUGUUUUUCUCAUUGCAUUCAUCUAAGGUCAAUUCAAUUUUUGCUCAAUCAUUGGCCCCUCAAAUUCACUGUUUUAAAACGUUGCUCCGUCUCUUGGUCAUCUAUAUUGGAUUUUGAGCAUUGAAUAAUUUUGCUUGCUCAUCCUUUUCUGCCACGCCCAAAACAAAAGAAUUUUGUAGGAAAAAGUGUAUAUUCUUAUUUUCUGCUCCACAAAAGCUACCAACUUCUGACCCACUAAGAGACUGAUGCUCAGAAUGAGCAAUAUUCUUUUGCGACUUAGUAGCACCUUUCCAUUCUGCAUGCUUCAGAGAAGGGUUAGCUGUAGGUUUCAAUGUACAGGAGGUGCAUACAGCAGGUACAGGUGUGCUUUUGUCAACUCUGCAAGAUUUCAGUGUUACCAACACAGACCACGUAAAUUGUGUACAUAUGUGCUGAUGAGCUUUUAUAAGUGGUCGCAUUGUGUGUGGCUUGCUGUUUUUAUUUUUCAGCCCACUGAAAGUAGUUUUGCAUUUUGACAAUACUGAAGUAUUGAUAGUAUUGAUCAUAAAAUUAUUUUUUUGAGUCA